UUGGGUCAAGAAAGUCACCAAUGACAAUGCACAAAAGGUCAUGAUUUGUGGUCAGGUCGCAGAUUUUCUGGUUGUUUCUUCGAUUCGUUUGGAUCAAGACCUUGGAUCAGAACUCGGUCCCACUACCAACAACUUUCAACCGACAACCAGCACCAAAAUUUUCGUCGCAAAGGAGUCAAUCACCCGCGCGCAACAUAUUCUCGAUCACAACGGCCAGCAGACUCACGAAGAAGGGGACAAAUUGCGGCAUUUGCGACAAGUGCGCUCCAAGUUUGACGCACCCAAUACUUACUUGCCUUGUCGAUCGUCAAGUAUUCUCACCAAAAACUUUGACAUUGCCGUACACAGUUUAGACAUUUGCUGACUGUGACAAUAACACCGCCCGCACGAACGACAUCAAGCUUGCCUCACAAAUGCUGCAAUCUGUGGGGCAAUCGCUGUUCUCACCAUUGAUGACCUGUAACGGUGCAUACCGUUACGACGAUAUCCAACCUGCAUGGUUGACGAUCGACAACACAUGGUUCAGACGAUAGGAUGACUUGCGGUCAAC